AUGGCCGGUGUCUUUUUUUGUCUGCUCCCGUCUUCCCUUUUACCUUCGGUGAUAGGCUCCAGGGGGGUGCGGCUGCGGGUACACGGCGCUUAUAAGCAAGCUAUCUGGAAAGUCCUGACGAUGGUGCCGAAAUCCGAUCAUGAUUCCGAGGACCUGCAAUGGUGUUGCACAAACAUGCUGCUCAAUGAUGCUAUUGUGAACCUCCUUUUCUGA